AUGAGUAGUCCCCGAAUUACCACUCCGCGUCAAUAUGGCGGGGCACAUUUUGGCGCCACCGCAGGGGGUUCCGAUAUUCGUAUGCCUCGAUUCUUCAAGCGGCUCUUCAAGUUUCCGCAGAUGGACUUUGAGAUGGCCGUGUGGGAGAUGACACAUCUCCUCAUUGCUCCGAAGAAAGUCUUCAAGUCCAUCUACUACCACAAACAGACGAGAAACACCUGGCACCGACCUGAUCCGUCCUUCACCUACCUGUUGUCCUUCUUCCUCCUACUCACCUCGUUCGCCUGGUCGCUCGCUUACACGCCGUCAUUUGCCUCGGUCGUCAAGCUGGCCUUGAUGUUUGUCGUCAUUCAUUUCCUGGCAGGGUCUCUACUGCUAGCAACGCUGGCGUAUUAUGUCGUUGGCCGACUCUUGGGGCCUGGAAUCGCUGGCCUACCAGGUCGAAGGCGUCAACAAGGACUGUUCGGCCCUCCAGGGGGGUCAAGAAGAGCUGAAGUUCUGGAGUUCGGAUACUGCUUCGAUGUGUCGAUACGGGCAUUUUUUCCGCCAUACGUGUUACUUUACAUUGUCCAAUACGUCCUCAUGCCUGUCAUCAACCAUCAAAACCACGCAUCAACCUUCUUCGCUAAUUUGCUUUACCUUGCGGCGGGGCUGUAUUGGAGCCUAAUCACCUUUCUGGGAUACAACGCACUGCAUUUUCUACACCACACACAGCUUCUGCUCUCGCCCAUGCUAGCAUGGAUUGUGAUAUGGCUGGUCUGUACGAUUCUGAACAUCAAUCUUACGACAUUGGGGACAAGAUGGUUGUUUCUGGGCGUCAAGAGCUGA